AUGUCACAACACAAGUACAACCCGCGCCAAAUAAUAUUCGUCAAGAACGUACCGCAAGAGUCCACCAUGCGCAUCGCCUGCCUAUACACACAAUUCAAGCCGCUCGAAGUCAAGAACCUGUACCCCGAUUCUAGGAUAACGACGUUCAUGGUUGCCUUGCCGAACGCAGGCGCCGCAGAAGAGGCUCUACGUCGUACGGAUGGCAUGAAACUCCACAAUACGGUCAUCACUGUGGAGCGAUACAAUGCGAAGCAAUCGACAGUCGCUAGGCGUGACGCGCGUAGAAAGCGCAAAGAUGGCUUCUGGGUCAACGGCAAUCGAUGCGAUACCAAUGAAGACUAUGAAGGUGGAUACGAUGCAGAUGAAGAGGUGCAGGUGCGGAAAGACAUGCCGAAGAGCGCGAAGGAUGUUGCAUCACAAGUUCUUGACUCGCCAACUACUCCACCGCGCAAGGUCAGCACGACUGGUGGCAUGAGUUGGGCCAAUGUCGCCUCAGGUGUACCGGCUGAGCAACAUUCACCUUCCCCGGCGCCGCCCGUCGCAGAGGAUACUAAGCAACUGCAUUCUUCCGAAACCGAACCCUUUCUAGCUUUCGACAACGAUGCUCUCCCGGAAGGGUCAAAGAACUUGCCUCCUUCGUCAAAUGGCAAUGGCCCAAGCAACCUCGACACCGCGCAUAUCAAGCCUGCACCAGCUCCAUUGAAUGAAUCGGCGCGUUGUCCUCCUCCAUUGCGAGGCACGUUCACCAGCCCAGUCUCCGUACCCGCCAAACCCGCGCUCGUACCAGCACCUCCGGCGCCCGCAGGUCCUCUACAGAUUACGCUCACGCCCUCGACCGCUUCACUGGGCCCUCACCCUCCUCUGCCACAGCCACCGUCUUCCAGCACGCCAUCGCCUGAUGACUUCUACACGGCGCUGCAAAACCGGACACCCACACAACCGCGAAGCAGCAAAAGCUCUAGAGUGGAUAAAGACUCUAGUCAACAAACGCAAGUUCCGAACGUCACUCAGCAGCAGCGCGGGUUUUUAGCUUCGUCGACGGAUACUACUGCAUAUAUCCGGAAUCGACACUGCGCAGAUUGUGCGCUUUGUGAAAUGCGGAUGCAGGGACGAGAAUAA